CAUGGACGCGACCUCUUCCCCGCACGCCGUGCCCCCGGAGAUGCCCCAGUACGGGCAGGCCAACCACAUCUUCCAGCUGAUGCAGACCAUGCUGGAGCAGCUGCUGAUCCACCAGCCCCAGGACCCCAUCCCCUUCAUGAUCGAGCACUUGCACCUUGACAGCGAUGACGUGCCGAAGAUUGUGAUAUUAGGUCCACCCGCGUCAGGAAAAACAACCAUCGCGAUGUGGCUUUGCAAACAUCUGAACUGCAAUCUGCUCAACACGGAGAACCUGCUGGGGAGAGAACUUUCCCUUUUGGCCGCCGAGGCCAGGAAAUAUUACCGGAGGUUCCGGAGCCUCCCCAGCCAGCUGGUCGUGAGACUGGUUCAGGAACGCCUGGCCGAGGAGGACUGUGUCCGGCGGGGCUGGGUCCUGGACGGCAUCCCGGAGUCGCGAGAGCAGGUGCUGAUGACGCAGAUGCUGGGCAUCGCCCCCAGACACGUCAUCGUGCUGAAUGCGCCGGACAUGGUCCUGAUAGAGAGAAACCUGGGGAAGAGGAUCGACCCUCAGACCGGAGAGAUUUACCAUACCACCUUCGACUGGCCCCCCGAACCCGAGACCCAGAACCGCCUGGUGAUGCCAGAGGGCAUCUCGGAGCUGGAGACGGCUCGGAAGCUGCUGGAGUACCACAGGAACAUCAUCCGGAUCCUGCCCUCCUACCCCAAGAUCCUGAAGGCCAUCAGCGCCGACCAGCCGUGCGUGGACGUCUUCUACCAGGCUCUGACCUAUGUCCAAACGCACCAUCGAUCCAACGCCCCGUUCACCCCGAGAGUGCUGCUGUGUGGGCCCUUGGGCAGCGGGAAGAGCCUGCAGGCCGCCCUCCUGGCCCAGAAAUACGGCCUGGUCAAUGGCAAGCGGUCUCUGAGCCAGAGGCCGGCUUCUCACUCCGCAGUUUCCAUAAAUAUUUCACCAGCAGGAGAGGAAACAUUGAGAUCAGCUCGCCAGGUCCCGGGCGGACUCGGCUGCCGGCCUGCGUUCAGGAGGAUCAAGCCCAGAAGGAGGAAGAAACUGGGGCUGAUCCACAGUGCGGGGUGGAGGGGUGGCGGGCACGGCGCCCACAAGCUUGCACACCCUCUGCUCGCAUACCCAGCCCUGCAGGGCGAGUGUGAGUGCGCAAGCCCCCGGUCACACAGACAGCGACAGACAGACACGCGGGAGGUCACUCGGCAAAGCGUGUGCCCAGGGGGAGUCACCGUGUGAGCUUCUUUUGAUGCAAAAACAGUGCUGAAGUCCACAAGCAGUUUUUUUUCACUAUGCACAUCAGAGCAAACUCCCACCUUGAUUUGUUUGUUUCUUUAUUGGGCCAAAGCUGGGGGCUGGGGACUCCGGCCAGGUCUGUUGCCUGCUGCCUCCCACGGUCUGUGUUAGCAGGAAGCUAACAUCAGAGGCCAGAGCUGGGAUUGAGAUCAGGGACCUGGGCCCUCGGCUGAAUGCCUCCCCCUCAGGCUUGCAAUUUCAGCUGCACAGACGUGGAGAAAUGACAACGUGUGUUGUGGAUUUCCAAAGUUUUUGCAACAAAAUAAACCUGUCUUUUGAUUGCAUUUGCACAAACUUCUGGAGGCCCCUUGUGUAUACACAAACACAAAUGUGGAUACAUGUGACCACAGAAGUACCAAGUGCUGAAUACAAAUGCUUUUCAGUUAGAUAUACACCAACUUCUUAAAUCCAUCCCAGAGUCACUAAGACUGGCCAGGAAUCAGCCACAAGAUCAAGACAGAGACUGGACAGUUAUGCUACAAAUUUUAUUAGCAUGGAAAAAAAAGUGCACUUUGGCGUAGAAAAUGCUUU